AGCACGAUCCUCACGAACGUUGUUGUCAACUUCGAUAAUCUUGGAUCCAGCCAAGAGUUGCAUCACCAGUACAAUCAUCAAUUAAGGCAAACCUAGUACUUGAACGACAUGAAAAUCAAAGUACAAUGCUUUCUAAUCUAAAUAUGUAAAACUCCACCGUGACUUUACUAUGUUUUCAUCAUCUCGCGAUAGAGGCAGGGCAACUCCAUCGCGAUAAAGAACAACACUAAAAUCUCCGGCAAUGCUAUUAGUAUCAGCCACCUUUAUCUCUUCCUUCCUCUCCCAUCGGAUUCAUCCGCCGCCCGGCGAAUCUCGUCCUCCAUCUCCUGAAAGCUGCUACUCAUCACUCUGUUCCAGUAUUCCCCGGUUGCGCUGCUACGACGACCAUCAACCUCCUCCUCCUUCUUCGUCUUCGUCUUCUCCUCGUGCGGAGGAUCCAGAUUCAAUCCACUCUCCGCCGCUUCAUUUACCACCAACGGACCUCCCCAAGCUUUUCCAGGUUCACUCCUCUUUCCCUCUCCCCUACUCUGGGGAACGAUUCUCAAUUUACGAAUCCCCUUUCAGCGCACUGAAUCUUCUUCCUGUUGAUGUGGUCUCCGCCGCCGCCGGAUUCACCCUUCAUAGGACGCGGCUCGUUAAUUGACCCGCUCCAAGAAAUCACUAUGUGUGUUGUGAAGAAGAAGCGGAGGAGAAGCUAAUGGUGGCGGAAGAGAAGCUGAUGGCGGCGGAGGAGAUCGAGGUCUGGUAGGCGAAGAGAUCUCCUAUUGCAACUCCUCGGAAGAGCGUCGCUUGUGCCGGCGUCGGAGGGAAGAAAACGAUCGGCUGCAGAAUACGUUUGGGAUCUAAAGAAUUGGGGAUUGGAGGAGAAGGAUAAACACGCUUUUUAUUG